AUGGCUAUGAAAGUGCAACGAGACCAUUUCUUAACCCGGCCCGACCCCGAAGCAGGAUUUUUCAAGAUGUCUUAUGAAGCAAAUGAACGUCGGCUACAAGAACUAUUAGAAAACUGCUCAAGUGCUAGCUCCUGUGACUCCGAAAGCGAAGAAGAAAUUGAUAACGUUUCUCAGAGAAGUGAAGAAAGUGAUUCCGAACAAUAG